AAGAAUAGUCACAUUGGAUUGGUCUUAUGUCUUUUGUUGUGGUUGCUCAUGUCUGGAGACGACCCAUGUUGUUGUUAUUGAAAAACAACUUGUGGAGAGCUUCUUAUUCUUUAUAUGUUCAAGACAAAAAUGGGUUGUUGAAAAGAAACUUGUGGCAAAAGAGACACUUUCGUUACUCACUAUCCGGAAGAAAACUGAACAAGUUGGAAAAGGAUGCAGAACUGUAUCCUACUGACCCUUCUAGAGUGUUGGCACUGUUCAGAGCUUUGAAUGAAGCUGGUGAAAGUGAAAAAGUAAUAAGGAAAGUGGAAGGAGGAGGGUUACAAGUGACUUCAGAAGACGUCGUUAAAGAAUAUAUAAAGGCGCUCAUUCACACGGGACGUUUUGACCGUUCGCAUCUGGCUGACGUUCUUGAAAGAGCUGGUUAUUCUCAUGAAGUGGCGUUUGAAUAUUCAAGAGAACUUCCUUCAGAGGGUCUCGGAGACGUAAGUUCUUAUGGAGUGACCGGUGGUCAAAGUGGAAAAGCAGCAACUCCCUUGCAACAAGGGUACCCUACAGGUUGGAGAAACUCUGCCGCUUUGCGCAAUGAAUAUUCUGCUAGACCUGUCACUUUUGCAAGAACGGCUACAAGUCCUUCAACAGUCGGGGUGCCUACGGUUGGCCAAGUUGAACAUAGUUUGAAAGAUGCCAACAGAGGUUACCUUCCUGUAGCAGGUUCACCAGAAGAACCAGUGCAUGUGACGUUAGCAGAACCAAGUACAAAGAGUCAGUUUUGGAAACUCAUUCGUUCAGUCGCAGUUUUCUUUAUAGUCAUAUCCGGUUUGGGCGCACUUUUUGAAGAACGUUCAGUUGGUAAAGGACUUGGUCUUCACACAGAAAUACAACCAGAACAAGUAGGAAAUAGUCCAAAAAGAUUUGAAGACGUAAAAGGGUGUGACGAAGCAAAGGCAGAACUAGAAGAAAUUGUUCAUUAUUUACGUUCUCCUGAAACUUUUACUCGGUUGGGAGGAAAACUACCAAAAGGUGUCUUAUUGGUUGGACCACCUGGAACAGGUAAAACACUCUUGGCUCGUGCCAUAGCUGGAGAGGCAGGUGUACCCUUUUUCUAUGCAAGUGGUUCGGAAUUUGAAGAAAUGUUUGUCGGAGUGGGUGCUAGAAGAGUACGCGAACUUUUUGGUGCUGCAAAGAAGAAAGCACCAUGUAUAGUUUUUAUAGAUGAAAUUGACGCAAUAGGUGGAACGAGAAAUCCAAAGGACCAACAGUAUAUGAAGAUGACGUUGAAUCAGCUUUUGGUAGAGUUGGAUGGCUUCAACCCCAAUGAAGGUAUCAUUGUCAUUGGAGCAACCAACUUUCCAGAGUCACUGGAUAAGGCUUUAGUUCGUCCAGGUCGUUUUGAUAGGCAUGUUGUGGUUCCCAAUCCAGAUGUGGAAGGUCGUAGACAGAUACUUCAACUGCAUACCAAAAAUAUAAAACUUGACAACGAUGUGGAUCUCUCUGUGAUAGCUAGAGGCACUCCUGGGUUUUCUGGAGCUGAGUUGGCCAACUUGGCAAACAUGGCUGCAUUGAAGGCAGCAUUGGAAGGAGCACCUUCAGUGGCCAUGCAACAUUUGGAAUAUGCUAAAGAUAAAAUACUUAUGGGUGCUGAACGGAAGAGUGCUGCUAUUUCAGAGGAAUCGAGAAAGCUGACGGCAUAUCAUGAAGGAGGACAUGCUCUUGUCGCUUGUUUUACAACAGGAGCUUUACCCAUUCAUAAAGCAACUAUUGUUCCACGUGGAGUAUCCCUUGGCAUGGUGUCGCAACUACCAGAAUCAGAUAUGACCAGUAUUUCCAGACGCCAAAUGAUUGCCAAACUUGCAGUUGCUAUGGGAGGCAGAGCAGCAGAAGAACUGAUUUUUGGUGACGAUAAUGUAACUUCUGGUGCUGAAAGCGACUUUUCUCAAGCCACCAAACUUGCAGAAGCUAUGGUUACGAGAUAUGGAAUGAGCGAUAAAAUCGGUAAAUUUGUGUUGGAAAGAGAAAGUGAGAGUCCUGAGAUGCGAAGUCUUAUUGAUUCAGAGAUGAAAAAGUUGCUUGAUGAAGCUUAUCACCAUGCCAAGCAAGUUUUAAUGGAACACAAAGAAGAACUGCAUCGUCUGGCCAGAGCUUUAUUAGAAAAAGAAACAUUGACAGCAGAUGAAGUGAGAAAAGUAGUUUAUUCUGUACAGUACUUGAAACAGGAGCCCUUGGCGUCCAAACAAGUUGCGAAUAUGGGUAAUCAGCAGUCUUAUCAAGAACAACGAGGAGGAGGAGGAGGAGACGCGUUAGGAGUACGAGGUCCCAAGUCUUUAGGAGAGACUUCCACAGCGGCUGCAGCUGCACCACAAUAAACAUUUCUAUUUACUGUCCUCUUGUAGGAGCGUCCAUCAUCACCAAAUGAGCAAGUUGUUUGGUAAAGUUGCGUAACCAAGGUUCCAAGGAAAACACCAACCCUAAGUUACUUCCUUUUUCAACUAGUAUCGUUACGAAAAGUGGUAAAAAAGGUAACGCAAUAAAAACUUCUUGUUGAUA